AUGGCCGCGAGGGGCGGCACGUCCUCGCCGUCGGUCCUUGGCCUCUUCAUCACCACCACUGCGACGCCGGUCGUCCGCCCGUGCACGCCGCGCCGCCUCGCUUCUGUCGGCCGCAUCCAUCCGCGUGCCGCUCGCGUCCGCUCUCCUCUAUGCUGCGCCUCCCUUGCUCCUCCGUUUGCUCCUCCGAGGCAAUGGCCAGAUAAUGAUAUGACUCGGACGCUGCCCGAAUACUGCCCGUGCACUGGCUCGUUCCGGCCUGCUGCGGCGCUUACUAUCGUGCCCAUCUUCUGUUGCAUCUCCGUGGGCCUCCUCCCCCCCGAGCUCCGCCUCGCCCCAGCAACGUCCCCACAGACGUGCCUCAUCGCCGCGGCGACUCGCUCCCACGCCACCCAGCCUUGGCUCCCUGUUGUCGCUGCUCCGCUGCAGUCACGGCCACCAGAGCCCCCCUACGCCUGCUUCCACUCGCUCUCCACCAACGGCCCCGUCGUCGACUCCUUCGAGGUUGCGCCCGUCCGUCCACUCCCCCGUGCCCGAGGCUCCCCGUCGCUGGCCCCCGCGCGCUGCAUCGACCCCCCGCGUCUCCUCUGCCCGCGGCUGGACGCCCCGCGCCCGCCGGUCUUGCCCGGGCCGGCUCCGCCUCCGUCCGCGGCUUUGCCUCCCCGCGUUGACCCGGCCGCCCCACGCCGGCUCCGGCUCCCCGCGUCCACCCAUCCGCCCCACGCCGUGUCCGGCUCCCCGCGUCGACCCAGCCACCCCACGCCAGGUCCGGCUCCCGCACCGCCCCUCGGCUGCCACGCCCCUCGCCGCCUCCGGCUCGGUCCCCCGCCCGCCGGCCUCGUCUUCAAUCCGGCCCGCCGCCUCCGCUCCCGCGCUGCGUCCUGA